AUGCAGGACGUAGUAGGUGGUGUCCUGAUCACUGCGCUCUUCAUUGCCCUCACCUAUCCCGCCUGGACCCUCAUUGACCAUCUGGACUCAGCCAGUCCCAUCGUCCCUGUGUGUGUCAUAGUUGUGCUGUAUCUCUUGUGUUACAAUUACCCCGUGUCCGACUGCUAUAGCCCAACCAGAGCAGACACCACCACCAUCCUUGCCGUCGGGGUUGGAGUGACCACAGGGUUCUGGAUCAACCACUUUUUCCAGCUCAUGUCCAAGCCUGCCGAAUCGCUCCCUGUAAUUCAGAACAGCCCUCUGCUGACCACUGACAUGUUCGUUUUAGCGCUGUCCAGAUUUACCGUGGGCAUUGUGUUGAUCCUCUUGGUUCGCCAACUUGUACAAAAGCUUUCGCUUCAAGUAUUAUACUCGUGGUUCCGGGUGGUCAUCAGGAACAAGGAGGCCAGGCAGAGACUGGAAAUUGAAGUGCCUUACAAGUUUGUCACCUACACGUCUGUUGGCAUCUGCGCUACAACGUUUGUGCCAAUGCUACACAGGUUUUUGGGAUUACUGUGA